UGCUGCUGCUGCUGUUGGUACACAUGAAGAGAUUCCUACCGCCUACCGGAGGUUCCUCUGAUACAAGCACCGGCAAGAAAACAUGUGGGGAACCAACGUGCAAGCACAAGUCUCUGCUGAUCACAGCAAUCAGGGCAGGCAACAAUGUUGGACGUCACCGAGAUCCUCUCUCUGAGAAGUGGAUGGAGUAGGCUCUCUGCCCAGAUGGUCAUCAGGUGCUGGCUGAAGGCUGCCAUCCUUCCCAGGAAGCACUGCAAUCUGCUCAAGAGCAUGGACACGCGACUUGACCGAGAGAACAAGGACGAGCAGGGUGUCAUCGACGACCUUUGCGACUUGGUCAAAAAUAUGUCGAUGCCGACCAGCGUUGCCGAUCUGCGAACUCUAGGUCCAUGCCGCGAGUGUUGAUGGAAAACUUGUGUGUCGAGAAGGGUGCAGGGCUCUCUGAGCAGGACCUCCGACAGGCAUUUCAGACGUGGCUUACUGUAGAGGACGACCCCAACGUGAAGGAAGAUGAGGUCGCGUUGGAACUGCAGGAAGUAGAGAAGGACAUAGCUGGCUUACAAAUUGACGAUGACGUAUCGAGUGACGAGGAGGACGGCGACAGUAGGCCGGAGUCGUGUAUUACCUCGUCCCUCUCAGAGGCCGAGGUCCACUCUCUCUCGUUUCGAGGAGCUUCGCUCGUACCUGUAUGCGAAUGGAACGGGGGGCGAGUAC